CAGAUGUUCCAUGUUUUGUUUCCAAAAAAUGCCAAUGGUGAAGUUUGUGGUUUCCCACCUUUUACAUACCUACGUCUCCCACAAAUUAAAUAAUUUUCUUUCAAGUUUUAAGUAAAAAUUAAAAGAAUCAAAGUAAAUACUUCAGAAAACAUCCAAAGUUCCUAUUAGAAAAAUUUCAACAAAUAAUUUCAAUAAAUAUAUACAUGAAAGACUAGUAAAACAGGAUGCAUCACAUCAAAGUAAUAAGGUGUAGAACUACCAAAAAUUAAAGUGUUUGUGUUUAGAGGAAAAGGUACCCUAAUUUGGAAGUUUUGGAUUUGUAGUAUGGAAAUAGAGUUCGGUAAGCAUUUUAGAGAUGCUACAAAUUUAUUAUUGAGCAUGGAUUAUGAUAGUGGUUAUGUAGAAGCAGGCGAGAGUAGCAGCUGCACUUCUUCGAAUCCCGAAUCUGUUUCGAGCGCAAAAAUGAGUGUUCCCAAAGUAUCGCAAAACUUUUUAUUUAACGAAGAUGCUUUACUAGAAAAACCCGAAAUUGCAUUGAAUUGGAGCACUAAUUUACCAUAUGAAAUUGACCUUGAAGAGUAUGAAGAAAGCAGACAGCUAUUUUUCUCUUUUUCUCCAGGUUUCAUAAAUGCCUCAGUUAAAAGCGAUGAUUCAAGUUUACCCUAUAGUGGUCUCGAAAGCGAAACUAGCUCAAAUGUAUCAACUGAUUUACCUAUUCAAAAACCUAUUAAAGUUCUAAAUAAAGCUGAUAUUCAGGAAAAUGAAAUUAUGGCUGAUGAUGUCCUGAUAAUUUCAGCCUCAGAAAAUGAUAUGUCUUUAGAAGUAUCUGAGCUAGUAUCUGAGGAAGAAUUGGGUCAAAAUCAUCAGGGCUGUAAUAAUCUUAUAACUGGCAAUACUGGAGAAAGUGCAAUUGAAACUAAAUCUUCUAAUAAUUCAUAUACAAAUGAGGAUUCAAGUCCACAAAAUACUGAAGAUGAGGUAUCUCCAAUAGGAACUGAUAGUGUAUCAGAUGUUUCUUUUGUUGAAACUGAAAAGGAUAUUACGUGUAAUAGCUCAAAACAAGCAACACCUGACCUUGAUGGUUCGUUUUCAGUUAAAUCAACAGGCAUUUGGAGUGUUCAAAAGACCCCUAAGAAAUUAUCUCCAUCAAAAAGUAAUCCCAUUGACUCAGCAACCAAUAUCUUAGAAAAACCCAAAGAAAAACGAAGAUUAACUUUGGUGUUUUGCAAAUCUGAGAAAGAAAAUGUAUAUUCUGUUAAAAGAAAAUAUCCCAGUCUCACGCCUACUAAAAGGACACCUGAAAAAACAUAUUCUAGUGAACAGGCAUAUUCCUAUAUAACUCCUGAAAAAAAUUCUACUGCACUAACAGAUUCUUGUAGCAGACCGAAAAAAAGUUCCAAAAAAAAUGUUAAUUCUUGUAAACAUAAUUUGUCCAGCACCACACCUGAAAAAACAUGUUCUCUUGAUGAGAAGACUGAACAUAUGUAUCCAAACAUAACACCCAAAAAAAACAAACUUGAACUGGCAGAUAAUGUUUAUUCUACUGAAAAGAAUUUGCACAACAUGACUUCUGAGAAGGCGUGUUCUAGUGCAAUUUUCAAUAAAAAGACUUCAGCUUCAGAACUGGUAAAUCCUUGUAUGACUCCUGAAAAGAAGACUCCUGAGCUAGCAGAUCCAAGGGAAAAUGUUAAGGAGAAUGUUUAUUCUUUUGACAAUAAAGUGUCCAGCAUUACUCCUCAGAAGAAGACUCCCAAACUAGCAGAUCAUUAUGUCAGUCCAAUGAAAGAUGUGAAUAAAAAUAUUGAUUUUAAACAGAAAUUACCCACAAUAACACCUGAAAAGAAAAUUCAGAAAGUUGCUGGUCCUACUAACAGUCCAAAAGGUUAUAAUGCAUAUGUUAUUGAAGCAAUUAAGACUCCUGCAAAAUCCCCACUUGAACUAGCAGAUCCAAGAGAGAAUGUCAAGAAAAAUGUUUUCAAAGAAAAAUUGUUCAACUUGACUCCAGAGAAAAAGACUCCUCAACAGGAAGAGGAUGCAAUUUCUAACAUAGCAGAUCCUUAUGUCAGAACAAAACAGAAUUUCAAAAGCAAAUUUCUGAGCAUGACUCCUGAAAAGACAUUACAAAAACUAGCAGUCAAUAACACUCGAAAAAAAAUUAAUGGAAAUUUUGUUGAAGAGAACAACACUCCUGAAAAGCAGCCUUGUAAACCUGUAGAUCAAUAUUUCAGUCCUGAUCUGUUUGAUGAUGAUGACAUUGUUGAUGAAUCUAUGUCAAGUUAUUCUAAAUUACCAACUCAAAAAAAUAUUCUAUUAUUACCAAAAAAACCACAAAACACUGAAGAAAAAUACACUACCAAACUCGAUCAAAAAUUACUGAAAAGGACACAAAAAGGCAUGAGCGGAGUUUUACCGCCUCCCAGUAUAACUAUUAUGCACCUAUCAGUUGGAGAUAUUUUAUCCAAAUGGGAAGAAAAUAAGAGUUAUUGCUUCUGGGCUAAAUCGGAAAAAAGUGACUUAGAAGAACAGGACAAAUCUCUCAAUUCCAGUACUUCAACUAAUUCCUAUAGCAAGUCGCUAUUGCUGAGUGUUGAUGUGGAAGAAGCUAAACAAGCGGAAUGGCCAAACAUUUAUGAUAUGAGAUGUCAUGGACUUAGCUAUAACUGUGGCAAAGUCUCAGAAGAAAUUGUAGAUCUUUGUGACAAAUACCAAAAACGAUUUGUCGGAGCUGAGACUCAAUCUACGUGCACGAUAUUCGAAAAACAGAAUAUCUCGAGCCCUUCAAAUAGGAAAACGACGAAGCCUAGAUUUGGUGCUAAGUCUCCUGGAAGAAGACUGAGUCAUUUGGCAUUGAGAAGGAAAAUAACAUUUUCUCAUGCUAAUUCACAAGCCAACAGCUCUUCUCUAGUUGGCUCUAGGGCGAGGCAAAUCCUAGUAGAUGUCAAGAAACUCGAUUUGCUAAGUCGCCGAAGAAGUCCUAGAAAAACACCAAAGAAGACUCCAAGUAAGAGCCCUAGAGUCAAAACCAAAACACCAUCUAGCUCGGCUAAAAAGAAACUCGCUAUGAGAUUUAGAAAAUUGACUGGAGAGUUUCAAAAAGCGGUACCAGAUUCCUCGGAAAUGUCAUCUUCACAAAGAGCUCUAUUCAACAGCCCGGUUAGGGGCGCUAGUCAAAGUGUAAAUAGGAGCACUAAACGGGCACUGUUUCAGAGUCCUGGAAGUAACUCUAAUUCUAGUAGUAUAUUUUCAAAUAAAUCCCUAGAUUUAUGUGGUUCCCAAGAAAAAAGGCAGUUUCGCAGAAAUUUAUUUGCGUCUCCCAAAAAAAAUUCGCCUAUAAAAGUGAAAAAGUCACCAUUCAAACAAUUCGGCAUGGAAAGAAAACGUAAAAGAAGCGAAUCAGAUGAUUUGCCUGGAGCUAAAGUCAACAGAAGCAUGUCUAUGGAUCGCAGACCAAGCACGAGUACUUCUGAUUUGAAUGAAUCUCUUUCUAGAACACAAAGUGAUUGGAAUGUUUCUUUGAAUAGGAGCCAGUCUCACUUAGAAUUGACUGAGAUACAUAAAAGGAAACUUAUCUGGGCUGUAAGCGGUGCCCUCAAAAGUCAAAACGUCACAAGCACCCAUCCACAAUAUAAACUGUUUGCCUCGGUACUGGCUCGUGUUACGAGGCGAUUUUAUGUCGACCAAAUCCAGACGAAAACUGGCAAACUGGAAUGUUCUACGUCAGAUCGGAUGCAUCGGAUAGCACGCCAUCAUGUGAUUUCUGUGAUCAAAGGCAAAACGGCUGAUGAGAUUUUUAACGAUUACGUGACUAAAAACAGGGCUUCAAGAGUGCAAAGACCUCAGGGGUAUAUCGCACCUGAGGAGUUUAAUCAGUCAAAAACAGCUCCGUCAAGUGGAAAAGAGACCGCGUUGCAAGACAGAAGCAACACAAUGGAAAGCUGGGAGAAGAGAAAAACUGCACAAAUGUCCAAACCUUCUGAGAAUAGGAUCGAUCGGAUACGUAAAGUUAUAAAUUUUGGCGAGGAUAGAUAAACUUUUAGUAGCUUAAAUUAACUUAUUUUGGAUCUCAGAUUUGUUACUUAGUUGGAAAAUGUUUAUAAAAUGCUUUUGGGUCUUUGUAUGCGUGGAAAUUAUUGAUCUGUAUUCUUAGUUGAUAACAGAUGAAUUUUAAUCCAAUAAUUAGUGUUUUAAUUUUUUGUUAGUUGAAGGUUGAGUGUGAAGUGUGAGACGAAUAAAUAAUUUAUUUUAUUGGGAAUUGUGGACAUUUUGAUUUUUAUUAAUAAAUCUUUCUUAAAACUUUUUUACAGAAUAAAUAAAUUAAUGACUAUUCAUGUGCUGCGUUCUCCUUCCUUGGCUUGCACAUGAUUUUAUUUAAAUUUGUGAAUUUGAAGUAGACUAAUUUUUAAAUGAACUUACAGGCAAUAUUUUAAUGCAUACUAUGAUGGGAUAUAACCGCUUACUUCUAAUUUUGUGAUGUGCAAAUGUUUUCUUUUUUUUUUUGGUACAGUUAUGGUAAUCAGUGAUUUAUUUAAUGAGAGUCUGCUUGAGUAAAUGCUCCGUUUGAUAUGAAAAUCUGAUAAAACUGAAACUAGACUGUUAUUUUAAAUAUCAUUGUGUGGAUAGAAUUUAAUUUAUUUUUAGUUUGAUUUAAAUAAUACAUAUAUGUGAUUUUGUUAAUUAAUAAAACGCAAAAGUCCAUA